GGAUGUCCACGCUCCACCCGCGGGUAGGUUGAACCCUAGGACCGGACACCGUUCCAUCCGUAGAUAACCUCCAUCGAGGCCGUCCAUUCUAGUGAUAUUUGCGCUCCAGGGCGUAAGCUCUGCGAUUAGAAGCUUCUCCCGUCUUCGUCUGAAGACAAGAGCUCCUCCCUUCCCCGCUACGCUUUUGCUGCAUCGCUCUCUUCCUCUCUCCCUCCCUCCCUCCUUCCUCGCGUUCCUGUCCGCUCGCUGCUCGAUCGCUCGUUCGUCCAGGCCAGUUCGCAACCAUGAGAGAAAUUCUCCACAUCCAGGGUGGGCAAUGCGGGAACCAGAUCGGAGCUAAGUUUUGGGAAGUGAUCUGUGAUGAGCAUGGGAUCGACCCCACUGGAACUUACCGCGGAGACUCCGAUCUUCAGUUGGAGAGGAUUAAUGUUUACUACAACGAGGCAAGUGGUGGUAGGUACGUUCCACGUGCUGUGCUCAUGGAUCUCGAACCCGGAACGAUGGACAGUGUUCGAUCUGGUCCGUUUGGUCAGAUCUUCCGACCAGACAACUUUGUCUUUGGCCAAACUGGGGCCGGUAACAAUUGGGCCAAGGGGCACUACACGGAGGGAGCGGAAUUGAUUGACUCUGUUCUUGACGUCGUGCGAAAGGAGGCGGAGAGCUGUGAUUGCCUGCAGGGUUUCCAAGUCUGCCACUCGCUGGGAGGAGGUACCGGUUCAGGUAUGGGAACCCUGCUGAUAUCCAAGAUCCGUGAAGAAUACCCGGACAGGAUGAUGCUCACUUUCUCUGUCUUCCCAUCGCCGAAGGUGUCCGAUACAGUCGUGGAGCCCUACAACGCUACUCUUUCUGUCCACCAGCUUGUAGAAAACGCGGACGAGUGUAUGGUUCUGGAUAAUGAGGCAUUGUACGACAUUUGCUUCCGUACUCUGAAGCUGACCACCCCUACAUUUGGAGAUCUCAAUCAUCUGAUAUCAGCCACAAUGAGUGGUGUUACUUGCUGCCUGAGGUUUCCCGGUCAAUUGAACUCUGACCUCCGAAAGCUUGCCGUAAACCUGAUCCCAUUCCCUCGACUUCACUUCUUCAUGGUGGGAUUCGCACCCCUCACGUCUCGAGGUUCCCAACAAUAUCGUGCUCUGACAGUGCCUGAACUCACUCAGCAAAUGUGGGAUGCGAAGAACAUGAUGUGCGCCGCCGAUCCUCGUCAUGGACGUUACCUUACAGCCUCAGCCAUGUUCCGCGGGCGCAUGAGCACCAAGGAAGUCGACGAACAGAUGAUCAAUGUCCAGAAUAAGAACUCGUCGUACUUCGUCGAAUGGAUCCCCAACAACGUGAAAUCCAGUGUUUGCGACAUUCCUCCCAAUGGGCUUAAAAUGGCAUCCACUUUCAUCGGAAACUCUACUUCUAUCCAGGAAAUGUUUAGACGAGUGAGCGAGCAGUUUACUGCCAUGUUCAGAAGGAAAGCUUUCUUGCAUUGGUACACAGGUGAAGGAAUGGACGAGAUGGAGUUCACUGAGGCAGAGAGCAAUAUGAAUGAUCUGGUAUCUGAAUACCAGCAGUAUCAGGAUGCAAGCGCCGAAGAUGAAGGAGAAUAUGACGACGGUGAAGAGCUUGAAGCCAACUAAUGAUUGCCACAGCUGGCAGAGUCAUUGUGGAGUACAUGCGUCAAAUUAUUGUCAACUGGUAUAAAACUCUUCAGCUAGGCCACGAUAACAUUUCCCUUUAUCAAUCCAGUUUCCUCUGUUUUGCCUAGGGUAUACUGCACCACCUGCUCGUCGGUGCACCAUCAUGCCGGAGAACUCAAGGAGAUCUCACGGUUUCAGUGAUGACAGAUUGUAUAGUAGUUUAUGUCAGUAGAAUCUAUAUCAACAGAGGUCCACCUGCUGCUUCAGAUGUCUCGGACGCUCGGCGUUAGUAGCCGUGUCACGGGAGCACUCAUUAUUCACAGAGCGUGUCUCUGGACAGUCACCGACGUAAGUGAUUAGAAAGAUAGUGGUAUGAAUGCAGACUUUUUUGUAACGUUUUCCCACGGUUGGAAGUGCGUGAUUGAUUACCCUCGUCUAGACAUUUAGACUAGCUUGGCUAUCGACAUCACUGCGUAGACAAUUUUCUCCUCGGAAAGGAGGAAAUCACCCUCCAUCGGAAUGUCUCCAGGCCACUGGUUCUCGAUCUAAUGAAAGUUUCUUUUAAGU